AGAAUGAUCUUUUGAAAACAGGGCUGGUCUUCAGGCCAGAAACUGCACGCUCCACCUAGAGCCACAGCACAUUCCUAGCAGUUCACACGCACCUGUUUUUUCCCCGAUUUGUUGGAGCUACUUCUUGAGGUUUUCUAAACAUCAGUGGCAAUGAGGCAAGCUGUUGCAGUGUUUCUCUGGCUUUUGUUGACACUGGGGAAUGUCUCAGCCCAAGACGGUUCUCAAGGAACAGCCACACGGACACUGCCAAAUUGGCUGACUGGAAUUAUUGCAGUGGCUGUCUUCCUCUUCCUUGUCUUUGUUGCCUUCCUGGUCAACAAGGCGUGGUGUGAGACGCCAAGUCGGGAGUCAAAGGCAGAGCCAGUGAAGACUAAUGAAUACUCCAUGACCAACGGAACUCACUAUGACACCACCCUGGAUAUGGUCAGGUCCAAUGAGAAUGAGAACGCAUAUGAAAAUGUGACCAUUCAGGACAGUGAUGAAAAAGUAACAGCCAUGUGAUUUAUGCUACACCUAUAGGAGACCCUCUUCUUCUCUUGUGUGCCACCCAUUUUUCUGAGCACGCUAUAACUAUAACACACAUCACAUGAAUGUACUGACAUACCUUUUAAAACGGCCACAUUACUGUCUAUUUCUCCUCUCCUUGCUUUGGGUGAAUUAAGACAAACCUGAUUUAAGUACAGACCUGAUAAACUUAACAUGAUUCCUGCUCUGAAGAUAAACAGAGAUUGAGAGAGAGAAAAUGAUGAUUGAGUCAAUUUUGGUGAUGAUCAAAUAAACAUAUUCGUGAAGUAAUAAAAACAACAGUGGCUUAAAUGAUAGUGAAUAUGACAUGGACAAUUAACACCAAGUAAAACAACUC